UAAAAUUGUUAUUAUUGUCAGUUGACAAAAUGUUACCAAAGAACGCUGUUCCCUUUUUGCUUUUCGCGACAUUUAUCAGUGUAUCCUAUGCAAGUGUCCGAAUAAAUUUCGUAAGAUGUGGGGCAGGUGGUUUCACCUGUUCUACCUAUCCCAAAACUAAUACUUUGGCUAUAUAUUAUAACUGUGUUGGCGAUGAUGUCACUUUAUAUAUCAACCAAUUCAACAGUCCUGCCAAUAUCGAAACUCUUCUUAUUCAAAACUGUGUAAACCUAACCAUAUCUUUUAGAUGUACAGGGGAAAAUAAAAAUAUACAAGUUUUAACAGUGCGAAAUGUUAAACGGCUAAAAAUUGAACCGCAACAGUAUACGUCUCAUGUACCAACAUCGGUUAUUUUCGAAAAUAUUGCGUUUAUAGAAGAAAUUCCGAAAGAUACUUUUGCUCAAAUCCAACGAACCACACAUUCUUACGGUUGUAUCUUUCCGAAAAAGGAUUUCUACGCCCUCUCGUUUAGAAACGUAACGAUAGACACUGUGGGAUCCCGAGCUUUUCACAUGCCUCAAAACUUCGGUAAUUUUACUUUCACCGAUGUCAAAAUAAAUAGACUACAAACAUCGGCUCUUUUGGCUAAACAGGAAAAACUAUCACAGUUCAUAAUAGAAGACAGUAAAAUAGACGUUGUGGAACAUCUUGCAUUUCAAGUCACCAGUAAAAAUGUAGAAAUCAAAAACAAUAGGUUCGUUGAUAUCGCCGGUAGUGCAUUUAAUGGAACGGCAGAAAAAUUUACUUUUUAUAACAAUUACGUCAACACAUUUCAUCCUUAUGCGAUAUCGAUACUUGUCACUAAUGUUUACAUUUGGAAAAAUACUUUCGAGUAUCUGAAAAGCGGCGCCUUGCAAAAAAUCAGUCCUGGAUUGCUGGAAGAUUCUGGUAGAAAUUUCGGUUCGCUUAGGUUUAUAUACCAAUUCAAAAACAAUACGAUCCAUUCCAUGGACGCUGGAUCGCUCAAUCCUGAUGUUGAAGCAUAUAAAAAUGUUGCUACUAAAAUGAUGUUGGAAGGAAAUAUUAUAAAGUGUGAAUGUAUCAACAUUGGUUGGAUAUUCUCCGGUAGUGGCCACGGUUCAAAUACACCAAUGUUAGAAAAUUUCUAUCUAACUUUGUUAGAUCCUAAUUCUAAUAACAAAUGCAGUGCCGCCUGCAAUCUCCCUCUGUCUGCAUCCAGUGAAAUGAUUAGUAACGGCAAAUGUUCGGAAGACAUAACUGUAAGCCUGUUAUGUGGAAGUAAGGAUAAGUUACAACUUACGAAUAAUAAUCCAACUACCACAACAACAAUCGUUCAAUCGGGAACAAGUCCCAGUAAGCAGACCUUGAAGCGGCCUGUGGUCUUUUUCCUCAAUUCUAAGAGUACUAUGUUUACUAAGAAUCUUGAUUUGUUAUUUUGUGUGUGUUUUAUUUAUUAUUUUUUGUAAAAAUUAUUUUAAGUGAUGUUAAAUAAAAAAUAUAUAUAA